GAGGCCGUAUGUAGAAGUGAAUGCGGCGCAAGAGGCGAGCGGAAAAUAGUGUCUCUAAGUGGGGACCCAUAGUUUUCUCUUGUGCUGUAGUGUCCCCACUAAGGCAUUUCACUUAAGAGGGACUUUACUACCAAGAACGGUCCAGUCAGUGGCACGACAUUUGCGAUUUCACUAGUAACGUGCACACCGUAAUCACAUCAGAGGAGAAAAUCUGCCCGCCGCACGUAUGGCUAUGUGUUUCUAGCUCCUGCAUGUGACAGUGUUUUAAAAUUAAAAAAAUCGGUGCCUGUUCGAAGAAAGCAACAGCCAUGGUGUACAAAAACACCGUAACCAUACUGAUAUUAACCCUAAUCGGUUUCGCGUCUGCACAAAGAAAGAUCAGCAGGAACUCGCAGCCCGUCGAGGAAACGAAACCGGAGGUGAAUUUCCAUUGUCCGGAAGAAUUCGGAUACUACCCACAUCCGACCGAUUGUACAUUGUACCAUGUAUGCUUUUUCGGAAGGCCUGUAUUGGAAUCCUGCACUGGGGGAUUAAUGUACAGCCCCGAAUUACAAACAUGUGAUUGGCCGAGAAAUGUCGGUUGCGAUGGUUCUUCCGACGUUUCAGUGACAUCUAUAGUAUCUUCUUCGAGCAUACCCAGCAGAUCAUCCGAAUCUAGAACUAGAUAUACAGCUCCACCUCCUCCACCACCCGCUCAACCCGCAGCUAUUGUGACAUCUAGAGGACAACCGAAAAGUUUACACCACACCGAAAUUAUUAAGCAACCUCGCUAUUACGACGACGAUGAUGACGAGCCGAUCUCCGACCAAAUUAGCGAUAGACAACAAAGAAUCAAUCGGGGGCAACCGAAAAAGGUCAGCGACGUACAGAGGGAUAGGGACGGAUUAGGGUUGGCUAACGCUAUUCCGUCGUACAGCGGUCGGGGAGAAAAAAUUAGUUCGAUUUCCUUCGGAACUCAACAACAGAACCUGAACACGUAUAGAGUCGAAGAGGCCAGUGUCGUUCCGCAAAAAGCACCCACCAUCACCUCCGCCAAAAGCUACAACACCAGUCACUACGACUCCACACAAUAUGAUCCUUACUACAAUAUAUAUGAUGAGGUCGAACUCUACAGAGAUGUUGAUUAUCCUCAACAUUACAACACCAACAAUGGUGGAAGACAAUCUUCUCAAACAACGUACCGAGGAACGCCGGCACCUGCCAUCCAAGUAAUCCCAACUCAAGAAGAUGUAUCAUCAAAACGGCACAGAACUAACAUCUACAUUCAAAAUCCGUACCAAACUCAAGAUAUUUACCAACAACCCACUGUUUCAGAAUACAGUGACGAAGCAUACGUUGACGAUCACACCAAUUACAGACAAACAAGUAGACAACCAACAAACCCUAGGGGUGAGAGUUAUGAUCUCAAUUACUUAGAGGAGAACGCCACCACGAAAAGAACUACAACUACCGCUAGAACUACCACUACUACUACCACCACCACCACAACGACGACCCCGCGAUUAAAUCCUAGCCCAAAGAGCACGACUCCAACAAGCUCAACACAAACAGUGGAUAUAAACCAAACCGUACCGCUCACACCAUCCACAACCUUCGAUCCUCUCCCAGACAUAGACAAUGACACAAUAAGCGAGAACAGUGAUACAGAGACAAACGAAACUAGCACGCUUGGGUCUAGUGGGAAAGGGUUAGCAAAUUUUAUUUCAUCCAGCACCACACAGCCGCCAGCUUAUCACUUUAUUACCAAAGCGUCUAAGUCAACUCCAGUUGCUUCGACCCCUAAUUAUAUAGAGAACUAUACUUAUAGACCUAGGGUUAGAGUGCACAGAAAAAAUAGGGUCAUUGCGCCGACCACUUAUGCACCACCAAAAUUCUUUCUUAAAUCUGUCUUUCUAUCGCCUUCUUCAACUACUACUAAGUAUUCUACAAAGUAUUCAACAAGAUAUUCCCCAACCACCCCACCCACUACCACCACCACUAUUUUAACAACAACAACUAGAUUUAGUACUACUUCAAAACCCACAUCAACAACUACUAACUAUAUUUAUCCAUCAUUUAACGUAGAAAAUUUGGAUAACGUAGAUACUAGCACAAUUAGACAAAACAGGAUCAUCAAAACAAUCAGGAAAUUCAUAAACCCCAUUGCUAUUAAUAACGAAUUCGCGGGUACGACUAAAAAUUACGAACACCCGAGUCGCGAAGGUAUUUCUAUUGAGAAUUACGUCAACAGAAACUUUCAGGAUAAUUUCGAUGACGAAUAUUUUGAACCUAAUGUUACGACUUCGAGCAGGUACGUUCCGAUUCCAACCAAAUCGACAACUAGAACUACCACAACAACUACAACACCAAAACCUACGACGACAACACCAAAACCUACAACGACACCAAAACCUACAACGACACCCAAACCUACGACGACACCCAAACCUACGACGACAACUCCAAAACCUACGACGACAACACCACAACCUACGACUACAACCUCUCCAAAACCAAUUACAACCACAAUUCUUCCUGACUUAAAUCAACAACCUUACGACGAACCAAAUUUGUAUGUUGGACCGAAUGAAAAGAAAUUUAGACCGACUGUAGAAUUUCCAAGUCCAGAGGACUUAUUAACUCGACAGGACCAACCGAAACUCGAACCAGAUCUUCCACAACCUUACAAACCAAAACCAAUCGUGAAACCGGACUCGUUGACCAAACCAACCCUCCCAACUAGAACGUCCCGGGUAAAUAAUGCCAUAAAGUCGUUGAUAGCUCUCGGCGGAACGCGCAGGCCGAACACCAAAUGUACCGAUGCUAAAUGCAACGAACUGAACCAGAGAUCUCACACCAGGGGUAGAGGUUCUGCCCAUUACAGUGUUAGUGAUACUGGAGUACAAGUUAAUAGAGGAACACCACCACCGCGCAGUCGAUCAACUCUAAAACCAUCAACAUCUAUCGUUUCUAAAGCCCAAGAAUUUGUUGAUAUAUACAGAUUCCCACCUCGACGCCCAGAUACAAUUUAUCCCCAACCAGUUCCAGAUAAAGCAGCAGCAAAAUGUAGAAAAGAUGUUUGUUUAUUACCAGAUUGCAGUUGUGGCGGAAAAGAAAUACCCGGAAAUUUACCGGAGGACCAGGUGCCUCAAAUAGUCUUGUUGACAUUUGAUGACGCAGUCAACGAUUUGAACAAAGAAUUCUAUAGGCAGCUCUUUGAGCAGGGUCGGGUCAACCCAAACGGAUGCCCGAUAGCUGCUACUUUUUAUGUUUCUCACGAAUGGACUGAUUACAGCCAGGUGCAAAACUUGUAUGCCGAUGGCCACGAAUUAGCAUCGCAUACAGUGUCGCAUAGUUUUGGAGAACAAUUUACCCAAAAGAAAUGGACUAAAGAAGUCGCUGGACAAAGAGAGAUUUUAGCAGCUUAUGGAGGUGUUAAACUAGAAGAUGUCCGAGGAAUGAGAGCCCCCUUCUUAUCUGUUGGUGGCAACAAAAUGUUCAAAAUGUUAUACGACUCCAACUUUACCUACGACUCUUCCAUGCCUAUUUAUGAAAACAAACCACCCAGUUGGCCUUACACUCUGGAUUACAAACUUUUCCACGACUGCAUGAUCCCACCUUGCCCCACAAGAUCAUACCCGGGAGUAUGGGAAGUCCCCAUGGUGAUGUGGCAAGAUUUAAACGGCGGACGAUGCUCGAUGGGCGAUGCUUGCAGUCACCCCGCUGACGCUGACGGAGUCGUCAAAUUAUUAAUGAAAAACUUCCAAAGGCAUUACACAACGAAUCGUGCCCCAUUCGGGUUGUUUUAUCACGCCGCUUACUUUACUAAGGACCACCACAAAGAAGGAUUUAUUAAAUUCUUGGAUACUAUCAAUUCUUUGAAGGACGUUUGGUUGGUUACUAAUUGGCAAGCUCUCCAAUGGGUAAGGGAUCCUACACCGAUUUCGAGAUUAAAUGGUUUCCAACCUUUCCAAUGCAAUUACAGCGAUCGUCCAAAGAGAUGUAAUAAUCCGAAGGUGUGCAAUUUGUGGCAUAAAUCUGGAGUGAGAUAUAUGAGAACUUGCCAACCAUGCCCCGAUAUUUACCCGUGGACUGGAAACACGGGAAUACGCAGUAGUAAAAUAGAUAAUGAUAUUGAAGAUUAAGAAACGAACACUGCCGUGGCCUAAUAGGUCGAACACAACAAUUUAAAUUAUUUUAAACGGUCGGCAGUUGGCGGCGUUAUUUUUAAACGUCGCCAAGUGCCACUUACCGUCUAUGUAUCUUUCGGAGAAAAUUAUUUAUAAGAGUAUCGCGAUGUUGCUGAGGUGUUUGCGUGCGUCACAUACCUCAGUAACAUCUAUACCCAUUGGUAACUUAUGUAUAUAUUAUAAAAUUUUGCAAUUUCUACUAUCUCCCCGGAACAACUUAAUUUAUUAACGUUCUGUGCUUCAAUAGCGACAACCAGUGAGGCAGAAUUCAAAUUUCUUAAUGUUCAGUAUAGCGUAUGUGCAGCAAUAUAAAUAGGAGAAUGUAAAAUUUGUGGCAUAUUAAAAAAAACUUUUUUUUUAAUUAAA